AUGGUGGAAGCCUCCCAAGUUCUCCUGGCGCUCCAAGUGGCUUUCUUCGCCGCCAGCGUGGCCCUGCUGCUGCGCCGCCCGCCGCCGCCGCUCCAACCGCUUCCGCCGCCGCUGCCGGUGUCGGAGCCAAGCGGCGGCGCGGAGCGGAAGAAGAAGGGCAAGGCGAAGCGACAGGUGGUGCAAAUUCGACCACAGGACCGUGUCGCUGCCCCGCAGCCAGUGCUCGUAGCCCUACGGCCUGAAGUGGACGGACGGCUGGACGCCAGUCACCUGGUGCGGGUCAGCGGACCCAGUGAGACCCCAGACGCGGCAGCGGUGCUGAUUUUGCCCGGGGGAACUACGACUUCUGCAACUUGAGGUUUCCUUUGGAAGUGGCUUGUUGGCUCCGUGAUCUGGGCGUGGUGGCCUACAUUCUUCGUCUCCCUGGCCGAUAUCGCUUACGCAGCGAAGGCCACUUCUGGCCAGCGCAGCUGGAGGAUUGCCAGUUGGCUCUGCAGAUGAUGCGCCACGACGCAACGCAGAUGGGUUUUCAAGCGAGCAAG